AUCUGCGUGACUUAAGUCAUACUCGGCACAUGACUUAAGUCAGCGUGAGUUAACUCACGCAGGUUAUAACGCAACGUGAAUUAUCUAAAGAGGUCUCUUGAGCAAUCACCAAGGAAAGCCCACUGUUAGUUGCCCAAAAGAGCCCACUGUUGUUUGCCCAAAAAAAAGCCCACAAACGAGUGUCAGAAAAAGAAAAAAGCCCACACUAUAUAUUUAGCAUUUCAAAACUUACAAUGCACGCCUUCACAAAGACACUUGAGUCCUUGCCGCUUCAUAUAUCUCUGCUUCUCUCAGUUCAUUUUACACUCUCUUCCGUUUUCACGCAUAUCGUUGCAUUUCAUUUUCCGAUUUUAACCUCCAUAACGCUUUCGAAAUCGAUUCAACAAAAACUCAAUGUCUCAAUCACACAAUGAUAACAUCAUCAGCGUGAAACGCGAAUUGAUUAUGAAUAUGAGCUGCGAGGACGAUGAUGAUAACAGUGACGUCGUUGAUAACGGUGACGAAGUUGAUUAUCAAACUAGUAACGGCCGUCGAGUUCUCCGUUCUCGUUACCUCGCCGUCCAGAACUUGAUUCGCGGUGAUGAAAAGGAGAAUAUUGCUAAGACUGACUCUAAAACUUUUGGUUCGAUUUUCAGUAAAAUCGAGAAAUUACACAAGUCAGUCACAACACCGAGAGAACAAGUUGCCGAUGCACAGGCUCUUUUGGACAUAACUAAAUCCUUGGCAUUGUCUGUCAAAGCUCAUUCUAGUGGUGGACUCACUCCUUCAACCUUUGUCACUCACAUUCUUGAAAAAUUCGGACAAGGAGGUGGAACAAGUACUAGCAGAGAAGAUUGCAGCAGAAACUCAAUAGCUUGGCAGGACAUUGGAAUUGCAGUUUCAAGUAUUUUUGGAGCGGGAUAUGGGUGUUCUACAAUGAUUGGCCCAAUGGAGUCUAAGAUAAAGCCAAAAAGGGUUUAUCGAAGAAGGAGUGUGAAGCCCACUCAAUUGGCACGGCCAGCAGAGGUUGUUGAAAGUUCAAAGAAUGGGAGAAAUGAUACUGAUAAAAAUAUGUUAACUAUGUUUAACAUCUUAAAGAAGAAUAGAUCUGUCAAUCUUGAAAAUUUGGUUUUGAAUAGGACCUCUUUUGCACAAACGGUGGAGAACUUAUUUGCUUUAUCUUUUUUAGUCAAAGAUGGAAGGGCUCAGAUAAAAGUGGACAAGUCUAGACGUCACUUAGUUUCGCCAAGGAAUGCUCCUGCUGCAAAAUCCGUUAUUUCUAUGGAUGUUGCUUUGACCCACUUUGUAUUCCGAUUUGACUAUAAUGAUUGGAAGUUGAUGGUUCGCACUGUUGUUGGGGAGGAGUUGAUGCCUCAAAGGAAUAGUCAAUCACAGAUUUAGAGUGGAGUACCUGCAGAAAUUGGUGGAUUAGUUGAAGAUUGAAUUUAUCGUAUUAUUCUAUUGUACAAAUUUAUGAUGUACAGAGUACAGACAUUCUGCACGAGUUUAUUAUGGUUUACCAAUUUUGUUUUGUCCCCUCAUUGUCUAGAAUACAAACUCAAUUCUAGCUUUAGUAGUUAAUGCUGUCAAAGAACAGAUGAUGGCACAAUUGCUACUAAUUUUUAUAGGUUUCUCAAA